UGAGCCCGUGACCAGGGUUGCUGGUGGCAAAUGGGGGUUCGCACUCGCAGCAGCCGCCGCCGCCGCCGCAAGAUUGCCCGGAGGGACACCGCACCGGCGGCCACGCACCGCCUGCCCGACGAGCUUCUCGAGUUAGUAUUCCUGCGUCUCCCCUCGUCUCUCCAACUCAUCCGUGCCGCCUGCACCUGCAAGCGCUGGCGCCGCGUCGUCGCCGACGGCGGCUUCCUCCGCCGCUUCCGCUCUCUGCACCCGCACGCCUCCGUGGUCGGCCACUACCGCGUCGAAGAAUUCUCCCGCUUGUUUCCGCGUCCACCUGGCCGCAGACCCGUCUUCUUCCCCUCCUCGGCCUCUCCCUCAUCGGACACCGUGGACGCGCGGCACUUCUCGCUCGACUUCCUCCCGGCCCGCGGUGGUGCCUACUGGGAGUGGGAGCUCGCCGACAGUCUUGGCGGCGUCCUCCUCUUCCUCAAAGAGCGCACAGACGCGCCGUCGUCCUUCUUCGCCUAUCCCCCCGACCUCGUUGUCUGCGAUCCCCUGACGCGGCGCCACAGUGCGCUAGCUAUACCGGCAAAAUUUCACGGCUGCUACUGCCUCGGCGCCUUUUUGCUCGACGGCGACGCCGACGAGACGGGCUGCCGCAUCGGCAUGUCCAACUUCAGGGUUCUAUAUGCCAUCUUCUGCGAAGGCCUUGCCGGUACCUUGGUGUUCUCCUCCCGCAGUAGCCUCAAUGGCGACGGCUGGACCCUCGUGCAGAGCACGGGGCACAGCGGCAUGCCGGAACUCCCAUUGUUGACCAGCAUCCACUAUGCGGGGCAUGCCAGAGAGUCGGUCUACUGGAUGACGGCAGAAGACACUGUCAUUGUUCUCGACAAGGCCACCGCAGACUUCUCGUUUUCCUCUCUCCCGAAUGACAUGCCCUAUGUGUCAGACAAGGCCACCAGGAUCCGGGUCGUCGGCGGCGAGGAUGGUCCAGUGCACAUUGCCGUCCUGACCAGGAACUUCCUCAAGAUCUUCGUGCAAGCGGAAGGCAACAGCCAAUGGGUGAUGAAGACAAGGAUUGUAUUGUGGCGGGCGAUUCGUGACCUGUUUGGGGACAAGAAACCGCAACCGCACAUCACCAUGGACAAGCUGAAGGAGACUGUCUGGGUGGCAGAGAGGUCUGUUGUGUUGGGUACAGAGGAAGGUGAGGGGAUCAUCUCCAUGGACCUUGCCACCAUGGAGUUGAAGCGCGUGUCCGAGGGGAUCAAGUACCAUGGUCCGGCAUACGAGUACCAGUUACCUUGGCCUCUGACAAUCAGAGCUUGCUUACCUUUGUAGAUGGCCUUUAUGUUUCAGGUUCUUAUUCUCCCGAGUACUUUCACUUUGUUGUUACUUCAGAUUUCGGAACACCUUGUGUGAAAGGUAUAAAGUGUAACACCAUUAGUUUACUUAAUGAUUUACUACCGAUAGUUA